AUGACAGAAAAGUUCAAAACAAAGGAAGAAAUCCUAAAGUGGAAAUACCAUGGAAAAAUAGGGACGAAAUCUGAAAAUAAUUUCAAGAUAAAUGGAAAGAAAAAGGAUACAGACAAAGAAGGAACUAUAUGGGAUUCGGGUGAGAAGAUUGAGGAAAAGAAAGAUUAUUUGGGAGCAAUUAAGAUCAAAAUUAUUGCGAAAGAAGAUUUCUUUUCCAGUUUUCUUAAACUACCAGAUGCGUUACAUUAUCAGGAGCUUUUGGUAAAGCUAAGACAAAUAAAUGAUUACAGAGAAGUUGCUUCCAUAGUUCAUGUAUCUUUGUUCGACUUACACUAUCAUGCAAAUGGAAUGAAGAUACGAAAUCUUCUGGACGUUUAUACUUUUAAACGUGAUAUGGUAUUUAGCUCAAGAGUAUGCGAAAAUAUAGAAAAUAAAAAAUAUUCUGGCAUAUAUGUUUUUUCACCUAAAAAGGGGAUUGAAACAAGAAGAUCUGUAAAGGGAUUGGACUUUACCUCAUUAUAUUCCAGUCUUAUCAUAGCUUAUAAUCUUUUUUCAGAUAAAAUAAUACUAACACAUGAAGAGGCUGAUAUUGCAGAAAAAAAUGGAAACAUUUUAUAUAAGAUUGAGUUUCUAUUCAAUAACUGCACCAUUCAAGCUUGGAGUGUAAGACAUGAUAAUCAAUUCAAAAAGAAGGGCUUAUUUCCUAUUAUAUUAGAGGAUUUAUUCAAUACAAGAGUAAAGCUUAAAGCAUAUCUUGCCCACUAG